AUGAAGAGGCCAGCAGCAGCAGCAGGCCUCAAGAGGCCAGCUGCCAAGGCAGAGGAAGAGGAUACACCUGAGGGUGCUCACCAGCCACUCACAGCUCAAGCAGUCAAGGACCACAACAAGUUUUGUGAGGAGGCAGCCCAAAUGUCCAGUUCUCAGUUUGAGAAGGCAUUGAGCUGCUUAGAUGAGAAGGCUGCAAUGAGGCCAGCAGCAGCAGCAGGCCUCAAGAGGCCAGCUGCCAAGGCAGAGGAAGAGGAUACACCUGAGGGUGCUCACCAGCCACUCACAGCUCAAGCAGUCAAGGACCACAACAAGUUUUGUGAGGAGGCAGCCCAAAUGUCCAGUUCUCAGUUUGAGAAGGCAUUGAGCUGCUUAGAUGAGAAGGCUGCAAUGAGGUUGUGGAAGGCUUUUGAAAAGCCCAGGAAAAGCUCUGGGGCCCAGGAGGAGUACAAAGCCACCACCAGUGAGUCAGUGGGAAGCCUUGCCAAGAAGCGAAAACUUCUGUUUGGCUGGGUGUGUGAUGGGCAGACCACAGGUGAACACUACAAGGCAAUGGUGGACAAGGUCUCUUUGAAGAAAAGUGAAGGAGUCACCAGCACCUGGCUCACAAAGGCCCAGGCACUGGCACACUGGGGGAAAGAAGAGUUGCAGGAGAGGGUGGCUUCUGGAAGUAUAGUUGCCAGGAAGGAUCCAGCAGAUCCCAAUUACUGGCAGUUCAGGGCCAACACUGAGCAGUCUCAGGUGAAUGUGACCAGGGAACAAGCUUUCACUUUUGAGAAGAAGAACAAGAGCAACCUGAAGGAGCUGGAGCAGGUAAUGAGGAGCAAGGGCUUAGAGAAGCUCACAGAAGCAGACUUCUGUGCCCCAAGUGAAGAGAGUGGUGAAGACAGUGAUGGGCUGCCAGCUGGCCUCUCUAAGGCUUUGGGCACCAAGUCUGACAAGAGCAAGAAGGAGAAGAAGGAGAAAAAAGAGAAGAAAGAAGGCAAGAAGGACACGUGGGAGGAGAUGAGCACUGUGCAGGAGGAAGAUGGCCAAGCACAACUCCUCAACAGGCUGAUGGCUUUCAAGGUGGAGCUCACCAAGGACUUGGCAACCUUGGAUGGCUUGUGCCACUCUAAGGACAUGCCCAAGGCACUCCUGAAGGAUGUUGCCAAGACACAGAAGGAAGGCCAAGAGGUUUUGACCUUGGUGGGGAAGCUCCACAAAGAUAAGGGCAAGAAGAAGGAGGUGGUCCCAGCCUUGCAGAAGGCCUUUGCUGUGCUGAAAAAGCUGAAAGCUAAGAAGCUGCUCGUGUCAAAAGCCUUGAAGGCUUAA